AGGGCAGCUUUACCAUUGUGGAAGGACCCCGUUGUCAUGCACUAGUUGGUGUCUUGAAUUCGUCUGUCCUGCACAGGUUGUGCUUUAGGCAUCCACUUUUAACGUGUAAAACACACCAGCUUCGGGUAUGACUAAGAAGAGGAAAAGGCAGGAUGACUUCCAAAAAGUCAAACUCAGGGUUGGCAAAAAGAAGCCCAAACCGGACAACGCGACCGAUGUUAACUUCAGGACGAAAGGAAUCCGUCUACCCGACCAACUGAAGAGGGAUGAGUCUGGUCCGACCACGACCCGGCGGCUCAGCAUCAAGGACCUUUUGUCCCAACUGCACCACUACAGUGGUGGGGUGAAACAGGCUGCAUUAGUGGGGCUCCGAGAACUCCUAUGCCAGCACCCCCAGCUCCUGGAGCAGCACCUGUCGAGCGUGCUCAGCGAAGCGGCGGCUGUCAUUGCGGACAAGGACGGGGCGGUGCGCGGAGCGGCAGUGCGGCUGCUGCGCCUCCUGGCGCAGUGUGUGCCGGCCGAACGUGUCGCACCUUUCUUCCCGCUGCUGAGUGCCCACUUGACUUGCGCCAUGACACACAUCUCCGAGGGCAUCCAGGAAGACGCCCUGCGGGUGCUGGACAUCCUCCUGGAGCACUACCCCGCUCUGCUGUCAGCCCGCUCUGCUGUGCUUCUCAGGAAUUUCUUGGAGCUCAUCUCUCAGCGCCGUUUGUCGCAGAAGGGCAAGGAUGUAGAGGAGCGCAGGGCGGUUGGAGGCUGGGCCCUGACCGUGGCCCCGGGACGCACCAUCACAGGCCAGCAGUGGCGGCUUACGGUGCUUGUCAGGCUGAGUCGCUUCCUCCAAGCCGUGGUGGACGAGAGGCCUGUGGAGCAGGAGGUGCACGCGUUGGAUGCUGAAGGCAAGGAGCACGGUGUGGUGACGUCCCUGGAGCUCACCUGGGAGGAGCACGUGUUCGGGAAAAGUGGCCUGCGGGUGUUUGAGAACUCGGGGGUGCGGCCCCCUGCUCCCUCGUCCUUCCAGCUCAGGCCUGAUGCAGAACCAGGGGCUGGGGCCAUUGAAGACCUGGCAUCGGCAGAGACUGUGAGAAGCUUCGCAUCUACUCUAGUGCCCUUGUUGCUAGGGGUGUGGGUGGAGGCCUCCUCGAGUGAGCAAGGCAAAACAGACAGUGCUCAUCUGCUGAGUCCCGAGGCGAUGUCACUCAUGUAUCAGGUCCUAACCAUACUGCAGCUGUUACGCAGGCUCGCUCCACAGCGCCACCACCAGGAGGAUCUGGAUGGCUGGUUCCGAAGCACAUACCUGAAUGACUUCAAACAUCACUUCAUGAAGAACUUCCCUUACGGUCUGCUUGAGGUGGCAAAGCCAAAGAAGAAGGGAGAGAUGAAGAGGAGCAGGCAGCAGUCGGCGCAAAAUCCCAGCGUGCCGGGCGGGGGCGUUGUGGAGCCCCUGGCGCUGAACCUCACCCUGUGCCAGGUGAUGGUGUCUCUGAGCACACAGCCGCAGGGCAGCCGCGACGCAGACUGGCUGGGGCCCAUCCGGGCCUUUGUGAGGGAGACGCUUUCCAGCGGCGCCAGGCUGAGCUCUAAGAACCUGGGCCCCCUGCUGGAGGUGGUGUGGAAGCUGGUCCUCACCCACAGGAGCAGAGCCAUGACAGAGGAGCUGCUCCAGGCCGUGAACGUGCAGUACCAGCAGAGGAACCUGACGUUGCCCGUCCGCAUGCAGCUGCUGCGCUUCUUCAGCCGCCUUUACCUGCAGGAGCACCAGGGCCAGCCACACAUAGCCAGGAGCAAGGUGCUGUCACGCUGGCUGGCAGCCCUGCCUCUGCAGCUGGUGCAGCUGGGCUCACGGAACCCCCACCUGUCUGCGCAGCUGCUGCAGACCGUGCAGGCGGCGGCCGCCUGGAAGAACAAAGACCUGCUGCAGAGCUUGCAGGCGCAGGCCUGCGGGCUGUAUGAUCCACAGGAGGGCAGCCUGGUGCUGUUGCCCUCGGAGUCCCAGCAGCGACUGGUACAGCUGGUGUACUUCCUGCCGCAGCUGCCAUCCCAGCUGCUGUCCCGCCUGAGUCGCUGCUGCACGGCGGGCCGGGUGUCAGCCAGCAUGACUGCUUCCCUCAUCCGCCUGGUGCACUUAAGGUCCUCAAUGGGCGGCUGGACAUCUGACAAGCAGGAGGUGGCAGUGAGUGACGUGGACCUGCUUAGCUUCCUCUUCUCCACCCUCACAGGUUUCUCGGCGGAUGAGCUGUCCGCACUACAGCAGGCCGAGGAGGACAGCGUGCCCCCUCCCUCACCCCUGUCCCCCCUCAGCUUAUACGCUACAUCCCUGGAGCAGUUCACUCACCACUGGGACGUGGUAGAGGAAGUGUGUCACUGCCUGGAGACAGUGGAGUCCCGAGCUCAGUGCUUCGACGUUCUGCAGAAUGCCAUCUGCAAGAACUUGGCAGGCCUGCAGGUGGUGCCGGACAGCACGGCGGCAGGGCUGCUCAGGGCCGUGUCGCGCCUGCUGGACCCCUCCCUACUGCCCAGCGACACCCUCCUUCGUUUCCUCAGCGACUGCUGUCUCAGCCUGCUCACCCUGCUUCUGAGUCUGGAGCGUCAGCCCGUGGCCCUGGACAGCACACAGAAGAGGGAGACAGUGUGGGGAGCAUGUCUGGGUGCCCUCAGCAGCGUCCCCCGGCUGCUGCGGCUGGUACUGCAGUCUCUCCACGUCUCGGACCUAUGUGAGGAGAAGCUCCCCCUGCUGGCACAGAUGCUGUCACUGAUGCUGCAGCACGUCCAGCUGCGCAACCAGAUGCUGGCCAACGCAGGUCUUCUGCAGCACAUCAUCCAGGACCUGACGCAGCGCUACUGCAGGUCGGAGACACGAGAGCAGUGGCUGACGGACCUGCUGUACUGCUACAGCGUCACUCUGUCGGUUCACCGCGGCGGCUUGGGCCUGCAGGAGGUGUACUGACCCGCCAUAGGGCUCCACCAGGGCGCCUCCUCCUGGUCACACGCACACAGACUCUCCAUACGGCUGUCUGGGAGUUUUUUUUUGUUUUUUUUUUUAAGAAACAUGAAACUAGAGUGAUGAAUGGGUGAAAUAAACAUGCCAGAAGUACAGCAUCCUUUUGAAAAAUGUUUUAUUUGAGCAAAUAAUUACAAAAGUACAGUUACGAGGUAUUCUUUCGUAAUUACAGAACAACCUCUUCUGGGAGUGUUUUUACUAAGUUUUCACAGAUGGACAAAGCCCUUAUAAGCAGUAGUGAAAAGGGGAUUUUAAUUAUAAUGAGUAAUACGCACAGGCAGACUCUACUGAAAAUACCAUGCGGUAUAAAGUACACAGCACCGUGAAUAAAUACAUGUACCACGUCAUUUAAAGCCUAGUCAGUCUACUGCAAUUAAUGCAGAAUAAGUAAUUCUUAUGGCUUCUGAGAGAAUUCUUCAGCUGUAAUUAAAAUAUGGGUCCGUGGACAGGCUGAGGUGACAUGUUAUGCGUCAGUACACUGCGGCAGCGUCCCGCCGGACGGACUGACCUCUGGCGUCUUCCUGCGCCUCCCCUUUUGGGACUGCAGGUGUGACUGUUGUAUGGCUGGGUGUUGACAGGCUGCGGUCUUGUGCCCGCACUGAGAAAGGUUAUCUCCUGUCUGCGGGUGUGGCCCGGCACGGACACGA